CGGGUCCGUCACGGCGGCGGCGGCCACGGCGGAGCGGCCGGACCUGGUUUCGCAAAUCCACCAGAUGGCGGGCGAGAUCGGGUCCCAGUACGGUUCUUUCUCGGAGUUACCGCUGCAUUUCCUAGAUCAGCCGUUCACGGCUGAGGAUUUGAUCCCGAUCUACGCGGUCGCGGAUGUCUGCCUGGUCACGCCCCUGCGGGACAACCUCGCGUCCACUGCGGUGGAGUUCAUCAUCUGCCAGAAGCACUACGCCACGGUGAAGCACAAAGCGGCGCCGGGGGUGUUGAUUUUGAGCGAGUUCACGGGGAGCGUGCAGUCCCUCCGCGCCACGGCCUUGACCGUGAACCCCUGGGACACCGUCUCCUUCGCCGACGCGAUCCACGACGCGCUCACCAUGGACGAUUCCGAGCGGAUCGAGCGCUACGCAUACGGGUACAACUACUGCGUGACACACACCCACACGCGGUGGAUCACCGACCUGCUCCACGAGCAGCAGGAGCUGGAGUUGUUGCAGGAACAAAGCGGCGACCCAGGGAUCCUCAAGGUGCCUCCGGCGCUCAGUAUUCACGCCCUCAACAUCGAGAACGCGUUUCGCACCACAUCGAGGCGAAAACUGUACUUAUACUGCUUUUCGCUCGCUAGGUGAUUUUUAAUCUGGUCGUCAGAGUUUAAGUAUAAUCUAAGUAAAUGGGUACCAUCGGGGGGUUUGGCUUGUUCAAUUGUGUUGUGUAAAGAAAAACGAAGCAGUGAAAAAGGACCAGGAGUCAAUUUCUAUGUCGCUCUGUCCCGAGAACAGGAGCAUGACUGUAGAUACUUUGAUAUGCGAUACCAAAACAGAAUCGUCCUCGGCUUCAGUGGCACUUUGAUUCCGCGCAACCAGUACUACCACCCGAGUAUUCUCUCUUCUUGCCGCGUGCCGCACACGACCUUGCACAACUUGAAAGUCCUCGCUGAGGACGAGCUGACCGAUAUCGUGGUGAUGUCGUCCGUGAGUCAGGAGGCGCUGGAGCACGCGUUAGGAUCCGUCCAGAACAUUUGGCUCGUGGCGGAAGGCGGCGUGAAAUGGCGGCCAGCCAGAACGCGAAAGUGGUGCUCGCUCGUGGAUGAAAUCAAUACAGAGUGGCUCUCCCCAGUAGAAGAAAUCAUCGAAUACUUUGCCGACCGAACGCCCGGGAGCUGUGUCCACAAAACCGCCUGCUCCAUAUCUUGGUAAAGAGAUAAGUAGUAGAACCGCCUUUUUUCUCCUCCAUAGAAGCGCCUGCGUCCGCCUUGCGAUUCUCCAAUGAAUAUGAAAAUAAUGAGGUCCACCGAACCCGUAGUGCUAGUGGCACCGUGUGCUUUGCUUCGCAAUAAAUGAAAAUUACAUCAUAAUAGUGAGUGAACAAGGAAGUAGCACUACACAAAGUUUCAUUUUCAGGUCUCUGGCAGCCCCUGGCGGCCAGGGUUUGCAGAUGGAAAAGUCAGGCGGUGUGAACCACGGGACCAUUCAGAGCAAGGACUUGUUGAUUCACUUGUGGGCAGGGCCUCUGCUUUCCACACCCGCUGAGGUGCUCGUCGGGUCGAACUCCGUGGAGGUUCGCUACGCCGACGUGUCCCGCAGUCAGCUCCUGCAGCGACUGUACCAGUGCGAUCCCGCGGAAUCACAGACGAAUGCGAAUUCUCCGCGGGAGCACCGAGCGGGGAGUGACGAACAGGAUAUGGAGGUGGAAAUGGGCCAGGUGUUCAGCCCGAGGAGCGUCACUGCAGUCGGUGUAGUGUCGUCGCUGAAGAUACCAUCCGAGCAGGAACACCACGACGAAGAGUUUGAUGGUUCCGACAAAGUCGCGCGAAUAAAUCUCGAAAGCGAGCAGGGGCCUGGCACGGAAGUAGCCGAUGAGCUCGGGGGAGAAGAUGCGGCAAAUAAAGCUUCCCUCACGGAAGACGAUGAGUUGCUCGAGCAGGCGAAGAGUCUUAAGAUUUUGCGGGCGGGAGAAGCGCACUCCUUUGUGUUUGUCGCUGGCGAUUUUCUGAGCAGAGACGAGGACGUUUUUCAGACGAUUCGCCGUCUAACUGACCCGAGCCAGAAAGAAGCGAACGAGGCAACCAAGGACCCGUCAAAGAACACCGAGCCAGUGCAUGAAGACAACGCGGGUGAAGUAGCGGAAGAUCAGGACGAAGCAAGCGCUUCGGGUCAGCCACAGUUAGCCGACCCAGUGGCCGCUGCGCAUUGGGGACCGGACAAAGUUGGCGGCGACGAAAGCACACUCGACGAUGACAUGAUGCUGCCGCCACUGGAUGGAGAGCCUGAGGAUUACUACUUCUGUGGCUGCACGGUGGGCGAAAAGCCUUCGCGUGCCAUGUUCCACCUGACGGAUUCUGAUGAUGUCGGCUUUCUGCUGGCGAAAUUCGCCUACCAUACUACGAGAAGUGUGUGAGCGUCAGUACUCUGAAGCUAAGUACCAUCAACGUAAAAAAUGAAGACGAAGGCACGACAAAGCAGAAAAAUUCGCACGUAAGAACGACUGUCAUCAUCAUGGUGUUCCGCUCUUGAGAAAGG